UUACACGAUAAUUAAAGUGUAUUAAUAUUGGUGCUUGAGCGUUUGCUGCUGUAAUAUCUAAUGGCAUGCGUGCUUUGUCAUCCAUUGAUAAAAAAAUUCAAGAUUUCUUGUCGUAGCAGUACAGAAUGUGCCAUCUUUAUGUUUCAAAUGUAGCGUAGAAUCUGGUUUACAUGAACAGUUACGACAUGUCUUUUUCCUUCCUCUGUACUGACUCGUCUGGGAAGAAGUCUCGAAAUUAUAAUAUGUCAUUUGAGGUCUGUUAGGGCUCCCUUGAAUUAUGGGGCCCCAAGCAACCGCAUUGGCGUAGUUACGCCACUGACCAGCAUUGCACCCAUGCAAAGCGGGGCGGGCCGCUAGUCUUUUAUAAUAAUUUUAAUACCCAGUCAGUGUAAUUUGGUUGUUAUUACAAAAUUCGAAUUUACCUUUAUGUCCUCGAAUUGCAGCUGCAUUCGUGAGACGAUGGAAUUUUCGAAUAAAAAUUCAUAAUUAUCGCUUUCUUUUUCGUAAUUCUUAAUAAAAUAAUAAUAAGUUUGAUAUAACUUUAUUUUAUUAAUUAAUUUUACUUAACAUUUUAAAGAAUAAAUUCACACGACUUUAUUCCAAAUCUCUAACACGAAUGCCAGAAAAGUGCCAUAAACAAAGGAUUAAUCUAAUACCAUAGACAUUUAUAUAUUAACACACAGAACAGUAAUUUUAUUUGUAAUUCUUUUAUUUAACUUUACCUUUAACAUUGUCACUACUUUUCAAACUUUUCUUAAAAUUGUUAACUCAACUGACAAGACAAAACGAUUCAUUUGAAAUAUUUAAUGAUUUAAAGAUCAUAGCUUUUCUAAUGUCAUUACAGGAAAAUUGUUUUAACUUCCACCUCUUAUAGUUUUAAUACCCGUAUGUAAAAACCAACAAAUUCUUUUAAAAAAAAUUUCAUGAUAAAUAUUUAACCAACCAAUAAAAAAUAUUUGGAUUAAAGAUCAAAAUAUUUUAAACGCCUGUGUGUAUUCAAGUCAGAUGCAGGAUAAAUUGUAUAAGCGACAUUGGAUACGGGUCUCAGUUGCAGGUUAAAUGUUUUAAGCGACAUCGAGUAAAGGUUUCAUAACUCAUUUUCGCCCAGGAUGUCGCUUAAUAUAAAUAGGCCAUGACCCCUCGAUAUUUAGCCAGUGUCACUCGCGAUUAUGUAACCUUUCUCAUAAUAAAUCUCUUCAUAUCCGUUUUGUCUUUCAAAGUUUAUGGUGGAAUAAAGAAACACAUAUGUUCAUAUACUUCUUUUUGUGGGCAGUCGUGUAAAAACUUGAUUUUAUUUUCAGGAUGCAUCAGCAGAAUGGAAGAAGCUUUAGUAGAUGGAGCGCCUAAAGUAGAAAUCGAAGUUGUCAAGACUGAGCCAGAGGAUAAGAUAAGUGAUGCCGGCUCCGUGUGUGGUGAUGCACUAGCAGAUACCGUGGAAGAUAAUGAUGAUGUGAAAUCGGAAACGAACCCAAAUGAUGAAGACGAUCUUCCACUGAUGCGUCGCUUCAAACCAAGAGUGGUGAAGGUGAAACGGCGUGAUAUACCACCACCCUCGCCCGUCCUCAGGCAGAAAGUUGUUGUAAUGAAGAAACCACAAUUGCCUAUGUCGAAAGUGCAACAGCUGAUCCGAGAAAGAGACCCCACGUACAUGACAGAGACGAACAUACUAACAAUAGUAGAAUUCUCAUACGUAUGCCCUUUUAAAUGUAGACACAAUCAUCUCUUAUGUUACUACUGCGGGCAGAACUUUGCUGAUCCAACACAACUGCGAGAUCAUACUGAAAAGAUGCACAAUCCGAAAAAGUUCAAAGUCACCGAACACAAGAACAUGAUAAAAAUAGAUUUGACAAGAAUCGAUUGUCGAUUGUGCAACGCGAAAAUCGAUAAGUUAGAUGAAUUCAAACGCCAUAUAUCCACGAUGCAUGGCAAGAAGUAUUAUUUUGAUUUCAAAGAUUCGGUGUUACCGUUCAAAUUGACUAAGGAAGAAUUGAAAUGUGCUAUCUGUGAUGUUAUGUUCCCUUAUUUUCACGCUUUAAAUAAACAUAUGAAUGAACAUUUUAGUAAUUAUGUGUGUGAGACUUGUGGGUUAGGGUUUGUGGAUAAAGGUAGAUUUGUGAUGCAUCAGCAACGGCAUGAAGAAGGGGACUUCCCCUGUGAGACAUGCGGAAAGAUAUUCAAAGCCCAGUACAACAGAGAUUUGCAUAUAGACCGUGUUCAUAUGAAACGGGGCAGGGUAUAUUGUCCCAAAUGCGAUAUUAAACUGAUGUCUUAUCCGCAGAAGUUGAAGCAUCUUGUUGAAGUGCACGGUGAAGAACCGUUGAGUUUUCCGUGUAAUAUGUGUGAUAAGAUCUGUGAGACGAGAAGGACCUUGACGAUACACAGGAGGAAGGACCAUUUGAAAGAUUACAGGUAAUUUUACAGAUGUUAAAUCGAAUUACUUGAAAUACGAUCCGGAGGUUAAGGGUCAAUGCAUAUUUAUCGACGGCCAUUCGCACAUAUCUGUUUCGGCAUUAGAAGGUCUAAUGUAGGUAAACAAUGAUUUAUCAUGCGCCAUAUUUGUUGGAUCUCUAGACGCAUAUGCAUUUGCUGCAUACCCUGCAGCAUAAUCAUUAGGGAAAAUGUUCAAAAUAUUCAAACACGAUGGAGAUUUCAAUGAGGAAGUAUUAAAAAAAAAGUUAGUUCCCGAAAUAAAACCAGAUGUCGCUACGGUACUUUUUUGAUUUCUCCAUGACAACCCUUUCUUUUCUUUCAUGUGUACAAGUAAAUUAGUUUUCAAAACUCAAUAAACAAUUCAUAUUCUAUUUGUACUUUUUCGUAUUUAUAUUGAUAUCUAAUUUUCGAACUUUGCAAAUUUCAGUUUUUAAAUAUGUUAGUUAAAAGGAACGGAAAUGACUGCCUUUGGUCCAUUCGUUUCCAGCAAAAAACAACUUUUUCUAAAAUCGCCAUCAAGUGGAGAUGCUUUCUUUUUUUUAAAUACUUCCGCAAAGGGAAAACGACUGGGU